AACACCAGCUAGCGGGCGAUACACUCGAUGAAAACUGCUGGGUAAAUCCUGCUCCCUGGGACCUAUAUAUACCUCAUGACGUACCAUGAAACAUUCAGCACCACACAGAGUCCCAGGUACAGCAAAGCAGCAGAGCCUCCAGAUGGCCAGCCAAACCGCCUCAUACGUGGUCGUGGCCCUGUGCCUGCUCGUGCUCGUGGCGAGGCAUGCCGAGGCGAAGCAGCCCCGGCUCGUCCCCGCGAUCUUCGUGUUCGGUGACUCCACCGUCGACGUCGGCAACAACAACUUCCUCGGCGGCACGCGCAAGGAGGGCAAGGCCAACUUCCCGCAGUACGGUGUGGACUUCCCGACCACCAAGCCCACCGGCCGGUUCAGCAAUGGCUUCAACACGGCAGACCUGCUAGCUCAGCUCCUUGGCUUCCCCCUGAGCCCGCCGGCGUACCUCUCCCUGAAUAGGCGCACCGUCAGAUCACAGAUGUUUAAGGGCCUCAACUUCGCUUCAGCGGGGUCCGGACUUGGGGAUCACACCGGCCGCUCAGUGGUUGGUGAGGUCAUCACGAUGACCCAGCAGGUGGAGUCCUUCGCGACGGUUGUCAAGCACAUGCACCAGAGCUCAGGGUCGAGGAGAACGGCCAGUCUCCUCUCCAAGUCCAUCUUCUUCAUCAGCACCGGCAGCAACGACGUGUUCGAGUACUCUUUCUCCCGCAGCAACGACAGGAAGUUCUUGGCCGGCCUCGUCGCCGCCUACAAGGACUAUCUGAAGGCACUCUACCAUCUGGGCGCGAGAAAGUUCAGCAUCGUCAGCAUCCCGCCGCUGGGCUGCACUCCGUUGCAGAGGCUGCGCCGGCUGGAGCAGAUGGGCACGCAGGGCUGCUUCGACCCACUCAACGAUCUCUCGCUCGGGUCAUACCCGCUGCUGGCCGCGAUGAUGGAGGAGCUGGCCCACGAGCUGCCUGGCAUGGCCUACUCCCUCGGAGACGCCUUCGCCAUGGUCUCCUUCGUCUUCGCCAACCCACAUACGCCCGACUGGAGCUUCACGGAGCUUGAGGCGGCGUGCUGCGGCGAGGGUCCGUUCGGGGCGUCGGGGUGUAACCAGACGGUCCCGCUGUGCGGCAACCGCGACAGCUACCUGUUCUGGGACGCCAACCACCCGACGCAGGCCGUGUCCACCAUCGCCGCGGAGACGCUCUUCGCCGGCAACCACACGUUCGUCAAACCCGUCAACGUCCUCCAACUGACCAAGCUGUGACCGUGCUCGUGCGCGAAAUUUAUAGCGAUAUGUAUUUUGUCUUCUCUA